AUGCUGGACUGGCGGCUCAGCCUCGGCGCAUUCAUCUCUGGCAUCCUCAGCGACACGUUCGGCCGCAAAUGGGUUUUCAGCAUCACCUGUAUGAUUACAUGCGUGUUUGGCAUGCUUCUUGCUGCCGUCAAGUUCAAUUAUGGUGCCAUCUGCGGCAUCUACUUCCUUGCCUGCAUCGGUCUCGGCGGCAACAUCCCCAUCAACGCCACCAUUGCCUUGGAGUUCAUGCCUCCGAGCAAAAGACAUCUCGUCUCUUUACUAAGCAUAUUUCAGCCGAUUGGUGUCGUCAUUGCUUCAGUUAUUGCCUACGGUACCGCCGCCAAGUUUCGCUUCCAUGAGUCACCCAAGUUUCUCGUGGCCAUGGCCAUGUACACACAGGUCAAGAAUACGGCGGGGUUCGUCGGCCUCAAUGCCUUUGAGUACAUCAUGCAGAUCUACUUCAAUUCCGUAUUGUACGCUUCGGCCCCGGAGCUUUUCGAGACGACGUACCGUGCCAGUGCUACCGGCAUGCUUUCGUCCCUCGGCCGCAUCGCUUAUAUGCCCCCUCAAGAUCGGCCGGAAGGCUGGCACCGCGUUAACAGUAUUGCUGAUGUCUGGACGUGCCCCAACCUGUAG